GAGAUCGGCCUUGAAGGCAGGUUCUUACAAGAAGGAGGAGCUAUAUAAUAAAAUGUUCAAGGCAACCGCCAAAGUUUUAGUGACUGCUAGCAAAGUGUGAGGAACCGUAUCUAUCAGCAUGUAGCAGUACAAGUGACACCAUGGGUGUGUUCAAGUACUCCAAGGUGGAUUGUAUCUUCACUUAUUUAGGGCUGGCCUUCCUAAUGUUGGACAUUUGCUUGGACGUUGGUGCUGCUGUGACCUUCUACCAGGAAGAGAAAUAUGUCAGCCUCGGCAUCCUGCUGCUUUUCCUAUUGGGUUCGUCUGCUGUAGUCCAAGUGUACAGCUGGCUGUGGUACACUUACGAUAACUUCCACAUGGUGACAAAGGUUGAAAACUCGCUCGGUCGCUUGCAACUCAAGAUCCUGCAUUUCUUCCAGCUGGGAACUUACUUCAGGCAUGCAGGUGUAGUGGAGAUUACAUCAUGCCGAUGCAUUACCAAAGUCCAGGACACGGAGGGAAUUGCGGUGUACCUGACUCAUGACCUCAGCAUGCUGCGUCUCAUUGAGACCUUUUCUGAGAGCGCACCCCAACUUGUCCUCAUGCUCACCAUCAUACUGCGGCAGGGCCAGCUGGACCCCAUGACAGUGAUGAAGGCGGUGGGCUCGGCGUCUGCCAUCGCUCUCAGCGUGACCAUGUAUCACCGCUCUCUCCGCUCCUUCCUGCCCGACAAACAAGAGCAGCGCAUCAUCUCCUCGCUCAUCUUCUUCACGUGGAAUCUUCUUCUCAUCGCGUCCCGGCUCACCGCCCUCGCCCUUUUUGCUUCCGUCCUUCCCUGCUUCAUCUUCACGCACUUUAUUUGCUCCUGGCUGUUCUUGUUCUUCUCCGCCUGGCGCUCCAAGACUGAUUUCAUGGAAAGCCCCGGCGGGGAGUGGCUCUACCGGGCCACCGUGGGCCUCAUUUGGUAUUUUAACUGGUUCUCUGUGGUGGAAGGGAGGACAAGAUACAAGACUUUGUUCUACCACAGCUUCAUCCUGGUUGAUAUGUUCCUCCUGUGCGGAAUGUGGUGCUGGAGGAUGCACUCGCAACCACCGUCGUUUAAAAUCCCCUUCUUGCACGCCAGCAUCACGUCUGUCAGCGUCGUCGCACUUUACAUACUCGGUCUUAUCCUGAAAGUAAUCUAUUACAUGUACCAACAUCCAAACCUGAACAAGGAGGGACUGAAAGGAGACCAUGCAAGUGCUGAAGAGAAGAUAGACAUCGAUAUAGACGGCGGUGGUGGUGGUGAUGUUACCGUGCGUAGUUUCAUGGCUGAUGACGUAGUGGACGGAAGGACGCCAACGCAAGCCGUCCGCCAACUUUACAAUAAAAGAAUGAGGAAGCUAGCGGAGAAUUUUUACUCCUGACAUAAUCACAUGGAGGACAUGAACGAUGCACACGGCCUGAGUCACGAUCACGAGGGGAACGCUUCUCCAAUCUAUAGUCUUCUCUUUAAAACAGGACUUCUCAAAUUACACACAAUUUGUAUUAUAUUUAUAGAAAUAAUAUAUAUUUUUAAUAUAUUUCAUGUUAUUAUAUGUACGUGUGUAGGGAUGUCCGAUAUCGGAUUUUUUUCCCCAUCAUGAAAAUUGAUAUUAAUGUUAUCGGUAUCGGAAAUUGAGAGUUGAGCAAUAUAAAAAAUAUUAACAAAGCCAAUAUAAGACAUAUCUACACGUGUGUAUACAUGAUAUAUUUUAGUUUUUUAUGUUUUUAUUUCAGUCAAACCAAGAAAAUGUUUUUAAUGAUCUUUUCAAACAAUAAUACACAUAAUUACAAUAACUGUAUGCAUACAAACAGUGCAUAAAUUAAAAUGAAUAUGCUCUAAAAAAAGGCUGCACGGCGGAUGAGUGGUUAGCGCACAGACAAAAUAAAUAAAUAAAUAAUAAUAAUAAUAAAAUAAUAAAAAUAAUAGAGGUUGCUUCUUAUGAGCAAGAAGAAAAAGAAGAAAAUAAUUCACCUUUUGUUUACAAAAAGGGCUGCAUGGUGGACGAGUCACAGCUAGAAGACCCGAGUUCAAUCCCACCCUCGGCCAUCUCUGUGUGGAGUUUGCAUGUUCUCCCCGUGCAUGCGUGGGUUUUCUCCGGGUACUCCGGUUUCCUCCCACAUUCCAAAAAAACAUGCUAGGUUAAUUGGCGACUCCAAAUUGUCCAUAGGUAUGAAUGUGAGUGUGAAUGGUUGUUUGUCUAUAUGUGCCCUGUGAUUGGCUGGCCACCAGUCCAGGCUGUACCCCGCCUCUCGCCCAAAGACAGCUGGGAUAGGCUCCAGCAUCCCCCGCGAUCCUUGUGAGGAUAAGCGGUAGAAAACUAAAAGGAAGUUGAGUAAAAUCUUUAUUAUAAUUACUACAAAAACAGUAUAUUACAUAUGUCAAUAUAAUUUUUCUCAAUCAGCGUUUGUUCAUUGAAGAAGCUCGUAUAUUUAUUAUUGAUAUACUAUAUUAAGAUGUACUAUUACAUAUGACAGUACAAGGUCCUCUAAUGUUAUUGUCCUCCAUAAUGAAGCGUGAGUGCAUAAACAAAGCGGAAGCGAGCCAUAAGAUAUGAUGCUAAAUGAAUACAACCACUGAUAUUUAUAAAUAUACAAUUUUUAAAAAUAUAUAUAUAUAUUUGGAUUAAUAUAUUAAGCAACAAUUAUGUCUUUACUGAAAAACAUUUUAUUACAACUGUUUACCGAAAGUGUAUUUUUUUAAUACAUUGAAAUAAAGUAUUAAAUGUGUUGAUCAAAUCUAUAACUCUAGUUAUUGUAUUAAGGUGAACAAAGACACUUAAAACCGUGCCUUUUCAGUGUUACAUUGUAGUAGUAUAUUGUUUUGUCAGGUUCAAUGCCCAUGUAUUAUUCAUACACUGAAAUAAAUGGAUACACUUGUCAUUGGUGUGUAUGAUGCUUCAAUUAGAGUACUGUAGUAAAAAAAAAUAGUGUGCCUGUAUGGUUUACUA